AGUUGUACUUGUCAACGUAACGAACCAUUGUCGUAGCGUUAUUUUAUUAUGCCAAUGGUAUAGCGAUAACGUUCGACAACAUUCGAUAACGUUCGUAUAUGCAACAUGCCAGAUCCGGAAGGUCUUCAUUUACCCAUAGAUAUAAUUAUACAUAUACUAUCGUACCUAUCUACAUCCGAUCGAAUGUCCGCAAGACUAAUCAAUCAGACAUGGAGAGAGGCAUCGCUCGCUAUGAAAUUUGUAGAUCAAGAAGCAUUAGUUUUUGGUCGGUCGCGUGCAGAUAAUUUGAAUCAAAUAAUGGAUGUAUUACAGCAUUCUACACGGCCCUUCUAUCAUUUUAUUUUUAGAGAAGUGGAACUUAAAAGAAGUAUGCCAGUGUGGGAUCGUUACGGACUACAUAUGAAGAGUCUUGUACUGUUGUGUUGCGAUUUAAGCGAGAAGGCACUUGUAAACAUUCUAAAGUGCUGUCACUCUUUAAGAGUAUUACGUAUCGAUGGAUGCAGAGAAUGUUUAAUGUCUGGCAGACUUUUGGAAGACGAAAACGACAUAAAGGAGCUCUCUGAAACAUUUCAAAAUCUACGAGAACUUAGUCUUGGUUAUAAUCGAUAUUUGAGCGAUGCACUUUUCAACAGAUUAGUUGCUAUUUGCUCGAAUUUAGAAUCCUUAAGCCUUAUAGGCUGUCAAAUAUCUUUCCACAGUGGAUUAUACAAAAAAUUUUAUCCUCAAAACAGGAUAACGUUACCAGAUGCUUCAAAUUCGGUCUUAACUUUUCUGAACGCGUUGCAUUACCUCAAACAACAAGCAUACAAGUUGAAACACUUGAAUUUCGGCUAUACCUCGAUCGAUGGAACUACUUUGGCCACUUUGUCAGCUCUACAGAAUUUAAAACUCGAAUCUUUAAUACUACAAGGAUGUUAUCAGUUGACUAUCGAUGGAAUCAAAGGUCUUACACAAUAUCAAACUUGUUUAAAAGUCCUUGAUAUUAGUUUUUGCGUGCGUAUUACGGAUGCUAGUCUACUUCGUAUAUGUAAAAAUUUGACAAUGUUAGAAACACUCAAAAUAAAAAGGUGCCGUGCAGUUACCGAUAUAGGUGUACAAUAUAUUCGAUUACUCAGGAACUUGAGAGAACUUGACAUCUCGGAAGUUGAACAACUCACCAAAAAUUGUAUUACCCAUGGGCUUUGUUCGAGAUGUGAUACAGAUACCAGUAGUAAUACUACUACUCGUAAUGUAAAAGAAAAGAUCGAUUCGGAAAAUUUCAAUUUUAGAUGCCUUGAUGAUUACGAUAUGGAAAAUAUCAUACAAAAAAAGAACUUGCAAAUGUUCUCUGCAAAUGCAUUACAUCUUCAUGAAGAAUCAAUCGAACGCAUAUCCAGGUGUUUCCCUAAUUUAAAGUUGCUCGAACUUGGUUAUUGUUUUAAUGGCGUUACAGACAAAACAAUACAGAUGAUAUUCAAGGAGCUUGUACAUUUGCAAACACUAAAAAUAAACCAUUGCGAUAAGGUCAGCGAUGCUGGCUUAACGGGUAUGGGUGCUGGUAACCAUGAAACUGUCGAAAAUAUUGAGAUUGUACAUGAACCAGAAGUUACAGAAACUAAACUAAGAAUUAGUUUACGUUCGAGGGCAGAAGAAGAAAUAGUGCGCGAUGCUAAUCGAAAGUGGAAAGUCAUGAAACUCUGCGAAAACGUAUCUAGACCUUUGAACUUGAAAACAUUUUCUGGAUUUUCGUUGAUUAGACUCAAAUAUCUUCGCGAACUCGACCUCUCUGGUUGUAAUAAAAUCACCGAUGUUAGUUUAAAGCAUGCAUUUGCUUUUCCAGAAUUAAGAAUCUUAAAUUUAAGCCAAUGCCAACAGGUAACGCACAUAGGGCUGGAUUACUUAUCUAAGAACAAUCCAGCAAUCGAAGAUUUAAAUCUCAACCAGUGUCAUAAUGUAUCAGAUAUAGGAAUAUCUUAUCUGGCACAGAGACUGCACAGAUUAAAGCGGCUUCUUAUACAGGGGUGUUCGCAACUCACAGAUCAUACCCUUGACUCUAUCAGAUUGUAUUGCAAGAGUCUUCAUUAUCUCGAUACCCGUUACUGUCUAGGUAUGACAGUAGCUGGGGUCGAGAGUUUGACACAUCUAUACGUCGAUUGGAUCAAACACAUAGAUGAUAUUGUCUCUCCAGAAAACGAAAUACCUCCUCCACCUGCUCCACCUUUACCGUCAUUACCUUCUUUACCAUAGAGACGACUUCAAUAUUUCCUUUCACAUUUUAAAGACAGGGUAAGAGAAAAUUAAACUAUUACUUAAUGACGACCAUAAAUAUCAUAUUUUUGUUAGAUUUUAUUCAACGAACAAAAUGGGAAACGUGAGAUUGCGAUUUACGAGUAUCUAUUUCCCCAGAAAAUUAUAUUAACUUAAAUAUUCCUAUAUAAUUGAAUAAUAUUUGAUAUCCUUUAAAAUGAACUAAUAGUUUGGUUCAAUACUUUGUAAUCAUAUUUAAUUUAAAGACCACAAAGUAUUGGAAAAGACGUGAAGCAAACAUAGAUUUUUUCACAAACUUUUUGCAUCAAAAAUAUCGAUAUUUAACAUUAUAUACAAGAAAAUUGUACAUAGAACUAUAUAAAUAACAAAACAGAUUGUGCUCUUAAAAAUAUUUAUGUAAAAAUAUUUAUAAUUAUUUAUAUAGAAAGAUCAGAGUUUAAAU